AUGGAUCUCGACCUUGCGUUAAGGACUAACUCUCCACCACCUCUUACAGACAAGAGUACCUCUAAUGAAAAGAGGGAGAUGGAAAGGUGGGAGAGAUCAAAUCGCAUGUGUAUGAUGAUCAUGAAGAAGGCCAUUCCAGAAUCAUUAAGGGGCACUAUGUCUGACAAGGUUAAGACGGCUAAGGAAUUUAUUGCUGAAAUUGAAAAAGUAUUUGUCAAGAGUGAAAAGGAUGAAAUUGGUACACUUUUGACAAGUCUGACUUCAAUGAGAUACCAAGGAAAAGGUAACAUCAGGGAGUGCAUCAUGCAGAUGUCUCAUCUUGCUUCAAAGUUGAAAGCACUUAAGCUGGAACUCUCUGAGGACUUGCUAGUGCAUCUGGUUUUAAUAUCCCUUCCAUCAUAG